AGAGUGCUGAGUAAUUACUGCUAAGCCAGUGAGGGACAGCGGAGGCCUGGAGGGUGCUGCAGCCGACAGACAGGCUGUAGUGAGGAUUAGACUGCCUCAUUAACCUUGUGCAGAGGGCGAGGCUCUCUGCUUCUUACACUCUCUCGCCUCCCCCUCUCUGUCUCUCUCCGUCUCUCCCCACCUCCAGCCUUGUCCUGCCCGGACUGCGGGGAUCCGGAACACAUUCUGCCUCCCGCCUCCAAUCUCAACUUUUACCGACUGCGGCAUAGAGCAAGGAAGGAGGGCGAAGGAUUCCCGGGGCGAUUCCUAAACCAUUCCAUUGAAGUCAAGCGAGAACAUGAUCCACGGAGACAGUCACUUUUGGGGUGUGACAUAUGGCGCGACCCCCCACUCCCUGCACUGUGUCUGAGGGGGGUGGGGGAGUAAAUCGACCAGAGCCCCCCAAAGAGAUGAAAAGGGCCAGUUUGAGAUCAAGGUGAUUGACGCGUGGAAUGAAGAGAGAUGGCAGAUCAAAGCCAAAUUCAAUCGUCCGCUUCCAAAAGCAUCAGGCCGUUCCGCUCCAGUGAGGAGUACCUGGAGGCGAUGAAAGAAGAUCUGACCGACUGGCUCAAUAUGUUAUAUGACCUGGACAUGGAGGCCGUCAACUUUAUGGAGUCUCUUGAGACAGGCUACACGCUUUGCCAACAUGCCAACAAUCUGAACCGCUUAGCACGAGACUUCCGGGAGCAGUUCCCUGAAGUUUCCGCAAGCAGGAGGCUGCCCCAGAAAGACGUGAUAUUCCAGGUGAAGGGGGCUGUUCCAGGCUCAUUCCUGGCCCGAGAUAAUGUGUCCAACUUUAUUGGUUGGUGUCGGCAAGAACUUGGGAUACCAGAGGUUUUGAUGUUUGAGACCAAUGACUUGGUGCUAAGAAAAGGAGAGAAGAGCUUCAUUCUAUGUUUACUCGAGGUGGCCCGAAGGGGUGCCAGAUUGGGCAUGCCUGCGCCAGUUCUUAUCCAAAUGGAAGAGGAGAUUGAGGAAGAAUUGAGCCGCGGGAGGAGAAGCACUGAGCAGACAUCGUACCCACGUGUUAAAUUACCUCACCGGCCCGCUCGUACCCUGUGUGAUCUCAAGAACUUGGAUGAGUUGGUUCGUGAGAUACUGGGAUGCUGCAGAUGCCCAUCUCAGUUCCCAAUGAUAAAAAUAUCCGAGGGAAAAUAUCAGGUCGGGGACAGUAACACGCUGAUCUUUGUGCGGGUACUUCGGAGCCAUGUCAUGGUGCGAGUUGGUGGUGGUUGGGACACUCUAGAGCAUUACCUGGACAAGCAUGAUCCUUGCAGAUGUCAUUCUGUUGCUCAUCGUGUUCAGACAUCACGACCCUCAACAUUCUCACCCCAACGGGCGCCCAGUCUUGCCCCUUCACCUGUCUCCAACUCUUCUCAAGGACGCAAAUCUGAGGGAUCUGCCAGAAAACUACAGCCAGACUCUAACCCUCCACGAGGAACCCCCACCCGCAUGACUCCAGCACCCAUUCCUCCACGGCACAGCACUCCCAGGGCCUCAGUUCCUCGCAGUGAACGUCCAGGAACGCAAACUAUCAACUCAUUCAGGCCUCCUCGUUCUCGCCGUUAUUCUGGUGAUAGUGAUUCUUCUGCCUCCUCAGUUCAGAGUGCCCCCGCCGGCAGGAAAUCUGUGGAUGGGGUGAGAAUGACAAAUCGUGCUUCUGUAACACGCAGCCAGUCCCAGGAUCGGGGACCUCUUCCCUGUCGCACUCAAGCAUCACAGUCUCCCCUUGUGGAUCGUGGAAGAACACAAACCACAUCCCAAGUUGGCCUUCAGAAUCGACGAGCCCGGAGCCAGGGUCCCCCCAGUAACAAGAAAACAGUUCUGAUUAUUUCAAGAGACAAAGAUGGACAGCACUCUUGGGCAUCCACAUCCAAGCCCCCUAAUCCUCGUACCCAGACGGAGCCCCUGAAGACUCCUUCACGGAGACAGUUGAAGUACACACCUGAGCCACUAAAUGCAAACCAGGAGCAGCAAAUUUAUCAUAGCUUAGAAAAGGAAUUUCUGGAAAAUUCACGGCUGUUGGGGACAGCGGAGUCUUUUGAGCCAGCACAGGCAUGUGGGAUUCUGGUGAGUCCGCCAUCAUGUGAACCAGCUCCAGUAGACUCUGCCUACUGUUCCUCCAGCUCUUCUUCCUCCUCACUCAACUUCUACAUCACAGGGGGUGGAGGAGGCAGGGAACAAGGUACAGAAGGGAAUUCAGUUAUUCUACCUGCAUCAUCAUGGAGGAGGCUUCCAGCUCUGUCCAGUUCUUCUGACGAAAGUUCUUGUCCUCCAGCUCCUGAGGACCAGCAAGAGGUUGCUGAGAAUGAAGAGUCACAUGAUUCCCAUAAUCUUAGUACAGAGACAGAAGGUGUUAUUCUAAGAGCCAAGAAGUCCUCCAAACGCCCAGAUAGAGUUCCUUCCAUUUACAAACUAAAACUUCGCCCUAAAAUCCGUCCUCGGGCUGAUAUACAGCCAGACAAGUUGCCCUCUCGCAUCCCCACCCCACUCUCCUAUAGAACUGCUGGGUCACCUCCUAAGAUGAAUCCCAAUCGUCUAUCAUGGACAGCCCUGCAAGCAGCUUUCUUCUCUGAUUCGGGAGUCCAGACAGAGCAUCCAUAUGGGUGAAACAGCACUUUGGCCCUUGUUUACUGGAUAGAUAAUUGCUUUAGAACUCUGCAUUCCGGCUAAUUGACAGAGUUUCUAGCGUUUUUUCUGUGCUUCUGAUAAGAGUAAAGGCUGUACGCUUCUUCCUACAAAUACAAUUCUAGAACUACACUUAGCAUGAGCACUUAGGACACAGAGUUUCAGCUGCUUAAGAGCAUGGAUAUAGAAACAUGAUUCCAUUUCCCGUGGUCGUCAUUGGUCAGCAACACAUGAUCAUAGAGUGUGGCAUGUAGUUCUUGUAACUACUAUAUAAUGUAUUAUAGUAAUUAUCCAGGCAAUAAAAGGAUAUUCAAGGCUUAC